UUAAUUUCACAUUCAUCAUUCAUUUCACUUUUUUUCUGGCCGAAAAUUAGCCAGAGACUAUAUCUGUGUAUCAGUGUGCGCGACAGUAGCCCCAUCACCUGAUGGCAAUGGCCGCAUCUUCAUCAUCGUCAUCUUCUACUUCAUCCAAUUUCACCACAUUUCAUAAGCCAUCACAGAUGAUGAGGACGAGGAUAGUGUGUAGAAAGAAGGAAAAAGGGGGAAGAGAUCAAAACUAUCCGUAUAAAGUUAUUGAAAUAACGCCUCCUCCUAGACACCUUGGCACUCGUUGUUUCCCUAUCAACUUGCAAUGUGGAGAUGGUGUGACAAUCGAAGGCCAUAAUUACACGAUCUCAUCGGUGACACACAGGUACCAGCUUCGGAAAGGUAAAUAUGAACCUAGCGAGAAAAGGCUUGAUGUCCUUUCAACUGGACGAUACAUAGUGAAUUUAUAUUUGGAAAGCCUAUUAGAACAGUCUUGAAGCUAUGAAGUUGUAUUUUAGAUUCAAAAUUAGUUGCAAGUGCUCUUACAAAAAGAUGUGAAUUUCAAGUUACUGUAAUGUGAAAAUUGGACAGCAAUGUACAACUUUCCAUGUGUACGAUGGUAUAAUAUUAUCGCUACAAGUUUGAUCA